AUGACAACAAUGGAAGACAAUGAUCGGCUAAGCUCACUUCCAGACGCAAUCCUCUCCGAAAUUCUGUCUCGUCUUCCAAUCAAAUCCGCCGCCACCACCUCCGUCUUAUCCCACCGUUGCCACCACCUCUGGACCACCGUCACCCGCUUCGCAUUCACCUCUUUUGACGAAACAAUCUCACUGAAAUUCUCCGCAAUCCUUAUCAAAAUAUUACGACAGAUAACCUCUCCAAAACUCCGUGUUUUUUAUCUUCAGUUGGAUUCGCUCUCCAAUUUCUGUAAAAAGGGAGUUUCAGAAUCAUGCUUCCGUGAAAUUUGCUGCCGAAAUGUGGAGGAAAUCAUUGUUAAUGGCCCUCAUCAUGUAUACGAAGAUUGCUUCCUUGUGAUACCCGCAUUUGUGUUCAAACUCCAAUCUCUGGUAAUUUUGGAAUUAUUGGGUAACCUUAAGUUUAAUUUGCUUGAAACUGCAGCAAUUCAACUUCCUAAUUUGAAGAAAUUAAGUUUGUGCUAUCUAUUUGAUGUUCCUCCUUGGUUAGAGAUUCUAAUUAGGUCUUGCACUUUAUUAGAAGAUUUAACUCUGUGUUUCAAUUUGUCGCAUUUCAAUCAACCCCAGAAAACCCCCAAUCAAUUUUACAUAUUUGGUCAUAAUUUGAAGAUGUUGAGAAUAGUGAUGCACUCACAUAUUCCAACCCAGAGAACUAAAAUAUGUAUUGAUGCACCCAAAUUGAGGGAGCUGUGUGUAACCGAUCGAAUUUCAUGCUAUCACUUUGUACAAAAUCCAACUGGGUUAGUUGAUGCAUUUGUUGUUUUGACCCCGGAUGAGGACUUUCGAGAGGGUCCGGUUUGGAUGGAUGGACAAGAGGAUUAUGUACAACAGAUGUCCAAGUUUGUACAGGGAAUGUCUAGUGUUAGUAAGCUUGACAUUUGGGUACAGGGUAAACCCAAUGUAUAUGAUUACCUUUAUUGUGUGAAGCAUGAACUUCGGCCUGUUUUUCGUAACUUAGUCUAUCUUGAUACGAGCUUAGAAGACAUUGGUCUAAUUGGGUGGAAGAAUUUGCUACUUUCUAUGCAAUGCUUUCCCAACUUAUCACAACUUGACGUGUACCACAAAAUGGGAGAUGAUCUUCCUUUAGAGAACAUGAAAUGGUGUGAACUAGAUUUUGUGCCAGAUUGUUUGGCAGGGAAACUCAAGACAAUUAAAAUAUUAGGACUUAAGAGGAUUGAUGAUGAGCUCAAGUUGCUUGCUUACAUUCUGAGUAAUGCAGAUGUUUUGAAAGAGCUUCACGUAUCCAUUGGUUCCGAUACCAACAGAGAAUUUAGUGAAUUUCAACUGUGGAAUGAAUGUACAUUCUGUAGCUCCCUGUUCAAGCUUCCAAGGGGCUCUUCAACUUGUGAGAUUAUGUUUAGUGGUAUGCGUAUGAAGGCUUCAAGUAAUGCCUAUAAAGAAGGAUCCCUUUCGUGUGAUAUCUAUGGUUUUUGA